AUGGCUUUGGCUGCGUCGUGCCGACAGCGGGCGGCAUCCCUCGGCCUGCGGAGGCAACAAGUACCUCACUUUCUGGAGUGCUCCCAGUUGCUACAGGCCCGAGAUGCUGAGAUUCGGCACCUGAGGUGUCGCUUGGAGGAGUUGCACCAGGAGCACCUCAGCGGCACGGGCGAGCACCUUGCGGAGGUCUUCCGAUCUCAGCAGAGAUCGAGGUCUCGAUUGGAAGAUCUUGCAGACAAGCAGCUGCAGCAGCUCCGGGUUGCGGAGGAAGCGGCUGGAGUGGCGGAGCAGCGCCGUAUUGCAGCUGUUGAAGUCCGAGAUCAGGCGAAAGCCCACCUCGGCCAGUUGACCACUCGGGCACGAGGAAUGGGCCAACAGUCGAAGGAGUUGCACAUGCUCAUGGAGCUCGAGUGCAUGCGAGAGGCUGAUGCGAGUGACGCCUUGGGCACUUCACAAGAGCAGGGAGCGGAGGCACUCCAGGAGAUCGGUCUGUUGGAAAAGCGCGUGGAGAAGGCCGAAAUGCAGGAGGCGCUGCUUGAAGGCUUGAUUUGCAGACAGGAGCCUGGCAUUGAAGCAAGGAUGAUGGCAGACCAGAGUGAGUGUUCCACCACCAGAUACCAGGAGCUUGCAGCGGAGCACCAGGUGCUGGAAGAAAAGCUGCAGCGAAGGCGCUCCCGGCUCCAGCAGGUGCACCAGGAGCAGGAAGCCGCGAUCCCGAACCUGGAGCAAGAGCUGCAGAUCUUAGAAGUGGCCAUCCAGCGAGCAGGACCUGAAGAGAUGCACACUGCCUGGGAGGAGAAGUGCGCGGAGAAGCAAGUCUGGCAGCAAAAAGUGAGUGAGAUGGAAUCCGAAUUCCGCGCUGCGCAUCGACAGCGAGCGGAGCACCAGCGCAAGCUGACGCUGGCGUUGGCCAACUGCCGUCGUGAAAUCGAGUCCAAAGAGGCCGUGGCAAAAUGGAGCAGCGCGCAGUCUUUGAAGCCCAUCGAGAGUGCGCACCAGGAGGUAUUGCAGAGGUACAACCAGAUGCAGGUUCAAGUUCGUCAGCACAAGGCAAAGCGGCGUGUGGGCAACGCGUUCAAGGCGCCCCUUCUUCGGCAGCGAGCCGGGAAGCCGCAGCUCGAGGCACCUGCCACAAGCGACGAGCAUCAUGUUGCAGUCAUGCUUCGGCGACGCAGCAGGCUCCGUGCUGAAGAGGCUCAACAGCAAAAGGAAGCUGAGCGCUGGCGUGAACGCGAGCAGCGCAUCGUCUCGGAGUUGCAGGAAUUCAAGCAGAUAGUUGACAAGCUACGAGGCCAAGAGACGACAGUUGCCACUCAGAUGACACACUGGAGAGACUGCGUUGAGAGCUUGCGGCGUGAGCAAAGCUGGCUUGAGGAAGAGUGUCAUAGUGCUGAAGCAGAAAACGAGGCACAGGAAAGCUCGCAGCUACAAGCAAUCAGGCAACUGCAGCAGGAGCUCGCAAGCGCUGAAAGCUCUUGA